UGGUUGGUUGCUAAGAUACAGUAAACACCUGACUCUCGCAUGGACGCUCGGGAAGAACUCGUGAUCAUCUCAGUCUAAAGAGAGAAGUUCACUUAGUUUUAAUAAGUGACGGUCCAGCACCUACACUGAACAUUGAUUUCUAGGAUUCACAAUGGAGGUCACAUAUGCGUACACGAGGAAACGCAGUGAUUUUGGUCGCCAGUGUAACUUCUCAGAUCGGCCGGCUGAGCUGCAUGUGGACAUCCUGCCUGACCCGGCUCUCGCCGCGGACUUUAUAGCUCAGGAUCCAUGUGAUGUAGCCAUACAGAACACACAGGAAAUGUCAGAGCAUGAGGUGAACUCAGAGUGCUUUCAGACAGAGACACGUGGCAUAAACCAUGUGGAAGGUGGGUGGCCAAAAGAUGUCAACCCCCUUGACCUGGAACAGACCAUUCGUUACAGGAAGAAAAUAGAGAAGGAUGAGAACUAUGUGAACACCCUGAUACAGCUUGGAAGUUACAUGGAGAACUGUAUCAGACAGAACAAUGCCAUCGAUAUCUAUCAGGAGUACUUUGAGGAUGAAGAGAUAAUGGAAGAGACAGAUGAUCAUCCCUCAGCCAAAACCAUCAAUGUGUUCAGAGACCCAAACGAGGUGAAGCGAACCGCCACCUGUCUGUCGUGGCACCCUGACGGUAACCGCAAGCUGGCUGUGGCUUACUCUUCUUUAGAGUUUCAGAAAUACAGCAAAGACAUAUGUUACGACUCCUAUAUUUGGGACAUUGAGAACCCAAAUAAACCUGAGCUGACACUGAAACCUGUGUCUCCCCUUGUCUCUCUGGAAUAUAAUCCCAAAGACUCACAUAUCCUAGUUGGAGGAAGCUACAAUGGGCAAAUUGCAUACUGGGACACACGUAAAGGCAGCCAACCGGUUGAGAUGUCGGCCACCGAGAACAGCCAUAGAGACCCGGUGUAUAAGGUCAUCUGGUUGCACUCAAAGACAGGCACAGACUUUUUUUCAGCUUCCACCGAUGGCCAGGUGUUGUGGUGGGAUGUUCGUAAGAUUAAUGAACCCACAGAAAGGCUGGUUCUGGACCCCAGCAAGAAGGGGAAGCUGGAAAAUGCACUAGGUGGCAUCUCACUUGAGUUUGAAACCACAAUGCCCACAAAGUUCAUGGUUGGGACAGAAGAGGGGAUGGUGGUCUCAUGCAAUCGGAAAGCCAAAACUCCGGGGGAGAAGAUCGUGUGCACUUAUAGUGGUCAUCAUGGGCCUAUAUACGCUCUGCAGAGGAACCCGUUUCUUCCUAAGAACUUUCUGACUGUGGGUGACUGGACUGCUCGUAUCUGGUCCGAGGAAAUAAAGGAAUCUUCUAUUAUGUGGACAAAAUAUCACAUGGCGCACCUGUCAGAUGGAUGCUGGAGCCCUGUUCGACCUUCAGUCUUCUUCACAGUCAAAAUGGAUGGCACUUUAGAUGUAUGGGACUUCCUGUUCAAGCAGAAUGACCCAACACUCACACUUAAAGUAUCUGAUGAAGCGCUGUACAGUAUGCGUGUGCAGGAUAAUGGCCGUUAUCUGGCUUGUGGCUCACAGCUCGGCACUGCCACCCUGCUUGAGAUCUCAUCAGGCCUGUGCACACUGCAGAGAAAUGAGAAAGCACUGGCAACAGCGAUGUUUGAACGGGAGACGAAGCGGGAGAAGAUUCUGGAGGCUCGACACAGAGAGAUGCGUCUGAAAGAGCGCUGUCGCUCAGAGCAGGGCAAGGACGAAGAUACCAGAGAUGGAGAGGAGAGCUCAGAGGACCUGGUGGCCCGUGCAGAGAAAGAGUUCUUUGAAAUGGUGGAGGCAGGAAUGAAGAAAAGUGGAAAAGAGGAGAAAACAGAGAAGGAGGAAAUCAAGGAAAACAGUGAAGAGGAACUCUGAGAAGAAGACACACCAGGACUUUGCUUUCUUUUCUUCAAAACACUGAUAUGGAAAUAAAUUAAGUACUGUCGAACCAACUGCAAGCACACACCUUAUGUCUUAUUGGCUCACACAGUGAUGUAUUUAACAAUUGAUGUAUUUUUAAUCCAAUCAAAGACUGAAUAAAACAUUUAUUUUGCACAUUAUGUAUUUUA